GACCGACGUGGGACACUAGCACUUCCGCCUGGAGAUCAGCUAGCUACUCCGGCAUUAGCUGGCCCCACUUUAUCCUGUCUUACCCAAUCUAUGCCUAACUGUUCGAGGAAUUUAAUCGCUUUUAAACUCAUCGCUGAAUCUGGUCAAAGAUAAGAAGGGUGAAAUUAAUUUGCGCAAGGUUGUGGACCAUGACGCUUUUUCACUUCGGGAAUUGUUUUGCUUUGGCUUAUUUCCCUUAUUUCAUCACGUACAAAUGCAGUGGGCUGUCUGAAUACAAUGCCUUUUGGAGGUGUGUCCAAGCGGGGGCAACUUACCUAUUUGUGCAGCUUUGCAAAAUGCUGUUCUUGGCUACUUUUUUCCCUACAUGGGAAGGAGGGGCUGGCGUUUAUGACUUUGUUGGGGAGUUCAUGAAGGCCACUGUUGAUCUAGCAGACCUGCUAGGCCUCCAUCUUGUCAUGUCAAGGAACGCUGGGAAGGGAGAGUACAAGAUCAUGGUAGCAGCCAUGGGCUGGGCCACUGCCGAGCUAGUCAUGUCAAGGUGUAUUCCACUGUGGGUGGGGGCACGAGGAAUUGAAUUUGAUUGGAAAUACAUCCAAAUGAGCUUUGACUCUAACAUAAGUUUGGUGCACUACAUUGCUAUGGCAGCGGUUGUAUGGAUGUUUACCCGGUACGAUUUGCCUAAGAGCUUCCGUCUGCCUGUGACAGUGCUGCUUGGACUCUGUGUAUAUAAGGCCUUCCUCAUGGAACUGUUUGUCCACAUGUUCCUGCUGGGCAGCUGGACGGCGCUGCUGGUUAAAGCUGUGCUCACUGGGGCCAUCUCCCUGUGCUCCCUCUUCCUCUUCAUCACUCUGGUUCAUAGCAACUGAGCCGGCGGGGACUCUGUGUAGCUCCAGGCAUGCUGAACUUACCAGGAGUCAUUUCAGCUGUGUGGAACAGCUGAAACUUUGUUUGGAGUCUGAAGAUGGGAGAUGAGAUUAUGAAAAUAUUUAUGACAAAUGAUAUUAAAUAACGUUUAACAGUGAUGUCACCUCUUGGCUUGAUGCUGUAGUCAUGUUUUGAAAGGGCAACAAAUGAGAAUUGGCUGGGGCAUUUCAGACCUUUCACUUAUCUGAAGUGGACUAGGUUGUGUGUGUGUGUGUGUGUGUGUGUGUGUGUGUUUGUUUCCCAUGUGUUGCAUUGCAUUGAAUUGAAGUUCUCCCAGUCUUGUCCAAGGCUCUCUUGUUCAGUUCUUCACUGACCUCAUUUCAUAAGAAGUGAGCUGAUCUCACUGGUGCUCAGUUUGAGGUCUGUGUUGAGUGCAGCAAUGUCCGUAUUGGGCGUGCAUUCUUAACUGGCCUGAUCUAGCACCUCUGGGAUCUUACCAGGGCAUCUGCACAUCUCAUCAGAUCUUUGUGCUGUGCAAGUUAAAUGGCUGAGAUUGGCAAGAUUUUUUUUUUACUCUUAAUAUGACUGUCACGUAACCAGCCUUGAACAUGUGUAAUAAAUGUACCUUUUUGAAACAAG